AUGGAAGAAAUUUUCCGGUCUUUAACAGCAGGGAAAGUUCAGGAGUUGUUUGUAUUUUGCGGUAUCGGCGACUGCGACUAUGAACCUAUCAAGGAACACAUCCUAGGCAUUUCUGACUUUGUCCAAGACACGAGGCUACAGGUAGGGAUAACAGAUCCACCGCCUCCCCUUACUCCCGAAGGUAGUCCGGAUCCUGAAGCAAAGCGUGGCUCUUACCGGUUACUCCCCACACCUGAUAAAAGAAGUAGAGUGGACUACAAAGGGCUAGAUGCGCAGUCUCAUAAGAAGAAAAGGAGAAAGAAAGGAAAUGAUACAACCAAAGAUGCGGCGCAAGAGACGAAUAAGCCCAUAGUACGUCAGGAAGGUGACAGAACAACCGGACCUCCGUCGACGACUGAGGCGAACGCCAUACCUCAGGCUGAGACUCCUUUGACCGCCAUAGACACCUCUCAGUACGGGAAAGCACCGCACAGGAUUAUCGAGAAUAUACUUGUGAACUGUAUAAAGCUAAACAAUCCACUUGGAAGAUCUGGUCUCCGGUCAAAACAGGCAAAUAUGACAACGAAGGUUGAGGAGAUUCAGAGUGUUGUGAAUGGUAUUCUCAAGCUGGAAUAUUCCGAUGCAGUCCAGCUAAUCAAGCAGGAAAAUGCAUUCUCCGCAAUAAAAAAUAUCCAAUCGCGCCUUAAUGAAACUGUGUAUUGGGAAAUCAUCAAGAAAGGUGCCGAGCUCCUUGACCCAAAGGACUUGCCAACCUCGAAAGGCCCUCUUGAUGAAUUCACAAUGGCCGAGAAAGUCGCCACCGAAAGAUCUAUGAGGGAAGCGGGCUAUUGA